GAUGAACCGCUGUCCUCUUGUUAAAGCAAUUAUUCAUAAAACAAAUUGGAUAUUGUUAUUACUUUUGAAAUAAACAAUAUAAAGAUGCUGUCGGGCACGAGCAUUUCGCCACGAGUGUUUACGGCAAUACAGAACGUAAACAUUCGUGAAUUGUCGCGAUGUACACAACGCGAAAUACGACCGUUGUUACCGUGUCUCGUACGUAUGAGCCUUAUUUCACCCCUUGAUAUUACCAAGGAAUGCGUGGAAGCUCGCAAAGAAAUCUUAACCAUUUUAUCCGGUAUUGAAUCAGUUAAUUCAAUUGUCGCUCUAUUGUCCAUUGAUUUUCACGCGCUCGAGACCGACGUUCGAAAAGAACAACAAUUGAGGCAAAAACAUGGCAACAGCCAGAGCGACAGUAUAUUGGCACAAUCUCUCCAAGGUGGUCUAGCUCUAGAGUUUGAGAGGAGCGAAUCAACACGUCGGAUACGUUUAGUCUUAAGCGAAAUACUGUUCAUCUCAUCGCAGAUCCAGGAGCUCCAAAGAAACAACGAUUUUCAGAUAAAACAGUCAGAUUUGUUUGACAAUGCCGUUUACAUGGAAGAGAUAAGUUAUGUAAUUUGUAUCGCAUUGGCAGAAUUACCGGCGCUGCUUUCGUUGCGUGACAUCGCAGAGACACUUCUGCAUGUGAAGCAUGGACCGGAGAUUAUUUGUUGGAUUGUGGCAAACAGUCCGGACAGUUUUGCAGAGGUUUGCGCUCAUUUGAUAGCGAACGGGGAGCGUCAGGAGGAAUCAGCUUUGGGAAGAAUAAGAACGCAAGCGCUGACUAUGUUGUGCCGCAUGAAUCCGAGCCAAGCGUUGGCAGUUCGUGCUAAAUGUGUGGAGCUUUGUAGAAUGCCGGCAUUAGCGAUCACUUUGAGUCUCGAGCGUGAGAACGCAGCGAGUUUACAGCAAGAGAGCGACAUGGUGGCGUUCGUUUCCGGUCUUUUAUUGGGAAAUGAUCAACAAGUGCGAACAUGGAUCGCCAUGUUCAUAAGAAAUGGACAGAAACGAAAGUGGGAAUCGCAUACAGCACUGCAAUCGUUGCGGGAAGAAUUGCUACGGAGAUUGGAAGCGAUCAUCGCAGAAAGUUCAGAACUCCAAUUGGCCGAGUCUCACGUCGUUCAAGCGAGCGCUUUGCUCAGACUUUACUGCGCUCUCCGCGGUAUCGGUGGGAUCAAAUUUCAGGACGAUGAAAUCACCAUGAUCGUACAAUUGCUCACGUCACAUCCGCCUCCUUCUCCCGCCGGCGUGAGAUUCGUCUCCCUUGGCCUUUGCAUGCUUAUCGCUUGUCCUUCUCUCAUCGGACAUCACAACCUCGAGAAACGCAGUGUCGAAUGGGUACAAUGGCUCGUACGAGAAGAAGCUUAUUUCGAAAGCGCGAGUGGUGUGACCGCGAGCUUCGGCGAAAUGUUGCUUCUCAUGGCAAUCCACUUUCACAGCAACCAAUUGUCCGCAAUUUGUGAUCUUGUUUGCGCAACUCUCGGUAUGAAAAUCCCCAUAAGGCCAAACAAUCUCACAAGAAUGAAACAAAUAUUCAUGCAAGAAAUAUUCACCGAACAAGUCGUAACCGCCCACGCUGUCAAAGUCCCCGUCACCGCUUCACUCAACGCGAAUAUUCCCGGCUUUCUACCUGUUCACUGCAUACAUCAAUUGUUGAAGUCUCGAGCUUUCGCGAAACAUCGUGUCCCCAUUAAAAACUGGAUUUAUCGGCAGAUCUGCAACAGCGUACCGCCUCUACAUCCCGUAUUGCCCGCUCUUGUUGAAGUCUACGUAAACUCCAUCCUCGUUACCAAUAACAAAUCCUCUGAGCACACCAACAAACCUAUGACUGAAGCAGAAAUAAGAAAAGUCUUUCAAAACAGCGUUUUCGGAGCUAAUUUCGAUGUCAAAAAGAGUGCUUUGAGCAUCAUGGAAUCCGAAAUCGAAUGCAUCGAUGUCGAUACCUCAAAACCAUCUCUUACUUCGCAACUGCUGCUUCUCUAUUAUCUUCUACUCUACGAAGACGUGAGACUCAACAAUAUGCACAAUUUCAUUUCCCAAGGCAGAAAAAUCAAAUCUUAUUCAACAGAAUUUUUGUCCGAAUUACCAAUCAAAUAUUUGCUCCAACAAGUACAAAGAGAUCAAAUGAAUUACGCCGGUUUAUUUUCACCCCUUUUACGAUUGUUGGCCACCCAUUUUCCUCAUCUAUCACUCGUCGACGAUUGGCUCGACGAUGAAAUGAUCAAUAUCGUUUCACCCGCUAUCAACCAUGAAAAUCUCAAUGUCAACGACGUCACCAUCGUCGAAGCUUUUGGACAUAUCAAAACGUGCCCAUCUCGCACUGGACGACUCUUGCGACAAUUAAUGGCCAUGAAACCAACCGAUAUUUGGCCACACGCUCAAACCAUCAUUCAUUACUUCAAGGUUGUUCUCGAUGAAAAAGUACCUCGAUAUAUUCAAGAACUCUACAAACAAGUGUGGCUAAGACUCAACACCGUCUUGCCGAGAUGUCUCUGGGUAUUGUCGAUAAACGCUCUAUUGAUAGAAAACUCAAACGCUCUCAAUGUUUUUCUUACGCAAGAAAACAUCGUUCUUGAUCCGUUGCAAGUCUUACGCUGCGAUACAAGAGUUUUUCGAUGUGCUCCAGUAUUAUCUGUAAUUUUAAGGAUAUUGCAGGCGACAUUAGCAGCGUCACGAUCGCAGUUGUCGAGGCACAUGCAGGACAGGCCAUUGACAGAAAAAGUUGGUCAAUUGACUAGCGAAGCUGAGAGAGAAGAUUUGAGAACAGCUUUGGUGGCAGGACAGGAAAGUGCAGCGGUACAAAUAUUGCUCGAGGCGUGUUUAGAAACGAAGGAAGAUCGCGAAGUGCCGGGACAAAUGUGGUCGCUUCGAGAAAUUCGGAGCGUCGUUUGCUCCUACCUACAUCAACUCUUCAUCGCUGAUCCAUCCUUAGCCAAAUUAGUACAUUUUCAGGGAUAUCCGAGAGAGUUAUUGCCAAUCACCGUUUCCGGAAUUCCCUCGAUGCACAUCUGUCUCGACUGGAUACCGGAAUUGCUCUCCCAGCCAGAACCAGAAAAACAAGUUUUUGCGGUCGAUUUAGCAUCUCACCUGGCGGUGCAAUACGCGUUGCCAAAAGCACUGAGUGUAUCACGUUUAGCGAUAAACACACUAAUAACGCUGCUCGGUGUAUUACCGGCGAGAGAUCGCGUAGUCUUAUUUAUGCCGGUACUUUCUGCUUUGACGAGAAUUUGUCUAGCUUUUCCGCCCCUUGCCGAAGAUACGACCGGCCUUUUAUUACAAUUGGGCCGCGUCAGCUCCGCCCAGGCUGCGUUAGGCGACAAAUCUGCUGAAAUUCUGUGCCACGAGGUCAAUAAAACUUUUUGCUCGUUAUUACAAAAAGCCAUACUCCAAUCCAGGGUUUACUGAAAAAAUUAUAUAAACUAUUGUUCAUCUGGAACAAAAAAAGACCAACGAUUCCGACGAUCUUUAUUUUCCAUUCAUUUAUCCAUUGUUAGUGGAAUCAAAGUCAUCGGUAGUUGAAACACACACAUCUCAUAUGUUGAUGGGAUGUCGAUUUUUCUACUCCUCGUUUUCGUAUUUGUACAUUUAUCGAAAUCGUCGAAUUUUCGGGAAUCCUAUUGUUGAUCGAAUCAUAAAAAUGUACAUAGACCGAUAUUUUUUUAAUAACUCCAAUAUUGUGCUAAAUUCAUCACAGAAAAUAUAUCAUCUGCAACAGUGAAAGCGUGAAUAAAUGGAUGUUUUAUUGAUAAAUACCGACACUGAAAAUACUUCAAUCUGUAUAUAAAUAUACGUUUUAACGUGACUUGUAAAAAUAGAAUGUAAAGAAAAAGGAUGCAGUGUAAAUAAAUCAAAUACAUUUGUUGUAAAACUAA